AUGGACCAGCAGAGUGAGAGCCCAAGUCUCCAGCAGCAAUGGAUCGACCAACGCAUCCAAGAAGCGGUCAAUGCGACUCUCAGCCCUCUACAGGACCAACUUUCCUCGCUGGUGGAGCAACUCGGGCGAGCGCAGCCGCAGAGCGCCGACUUGCAAUCGCCGCCAGUGGCACGAGGAUUGGGCGAGAGUACGCCUGGCUUGGGCACGCCCCUCCCCAAAACCUGCGAUACUGGAACGCGGAAACCGUUGCCUAACCCACCCAAGUAUGACGGCUCCCGGAAGAGCUACUCCACCUGGGCCAGACAGAUGCGAGACAAGCUGGACCUUGAUGCCCACUACUACAGCGGAAACCGCGAACUUUGGUACCUCAUCAACUCAUGUUUGGACGAGCGACCACAGCAAGUGGUCGCUACCUUUUACGCCGCGGGAGGCCCUGGGGGUAGCUACGAUCCCCAGGAGUUCAUGCGAUACCUCGACCGAACCUAUCAGGACAGCAACAUCCAAUCCCGCGCUGCUGCCACGCUGAGAACUAUGCGACAGCGCGAAGACCAACCUCUUGCGUCCUUCCUUCCCCGAUUCGAACAGGCAUUAGCUGAAGCCGGGGGAGCAGACUGGCCGGACAGUGCAAAGAUCGUAUUUCUAGAGAACGCAAUAAAUGCACGCCUCCAAGAGAGUUUGGUCACAGCCGUCCUGCCCGACGACUAUCAGGGAUGGCUUACGAGAGUUCAAGAAAUUGCGGGCAGAUUGGAGAGACUGAAACCCGGUAGGCAGCCGACUUCGACUGAGCGGACGCCUCAACAUCUAUCAAGGCAACGACCCAAGGAGGAACCGGAGGACCCCGACGGAGAUUUUAAGAUGACGGACAUCAACCGUAUUGGCCAGGAGUCGAAGGGUCGUCGACAUGUCGAUAAGAAGCCGAAGGACGAGCGCCGCUGCUAUCGCUGUGGUCGGAAGGAUCACCUUAUCGUGGACUGCCCAGCCCAGGUGGUCUUCCCCGGUGAAGCAAAGAAGGAUCGGACUGUGACCGCCCGCGUGAAGCAACCGGACGCUAGCAACGAUUCGGAUUCGGCCGCAACAUCCAGUGAAGAUGACGAGUCGAAGGGAAAAGACUAG